AUGGCCGACGAGGACCCGAGUCCCGUGUUUUGGGAGAGCCAUGUGUAUAACAAAUCCGAUAUUAAAAAAAUAAAAGACAAUGGAUUUAGCUAUUACGAUGAUGCAACAAUUUUCAGGUAUCUGUUUUAUAGCUGGUUCAACAAAUGGGCCUUGGCUCUCUCUAGGAAGUAUAUGGAACCUUAUAAGGUACACCCAAUACAAGUUUCAGAUCAGAUUUUAAAAUGGGAACCAAUAUUUUCUAAACAUGUCAGUGACGGGUUAGUAAGAUUGGAUCUUUACGAGACCACUAAGUCCAGUAAGAAGCCUGUUAGACCAUACCGAUCCGUUUUGCUCCGCGCAAUACUGUUGACGUCAUGGAAAAGGUCAUUUGCGUUGUUUUUUGCCCUUGUGAUAGGGAGCAUUUUGAGCAUGAGCAUAUCCAGUUUGGUCAAAAAAUUGCUUCAAAUUCUAACCAAGCCUUCUAUCCACUUGGCCAAAACGAUACUGUUGUUGUUGGCUAUUGAGGGCUUGCAAGUAUUGGACGGGCUUCUACUUGAGAAUAUUAACUUUUAUAUUAACAGGAUGGUUUACAUACUCCAUUACUUGUACGGUAUCGUCCCCUUCCGCUACUCAAUUUGUCACAGGCGCCUCUACUUCAACAACAUCGAUGGUUCAAAUCUUUUGAACACGUGCAAUCAGGUACUUCACAGCACUACGCCUGAAUCACAGUGCUCUAAAAACCCAUUAUUCUGCCCAGCACUGCGUCAUCAAGACAAGGAAAUGAGUCCCAAGGUUUUCACAUACGUGUUUUAUGACUCGUUUUAUAUUGCCAUGGCAUUCGAGUCGACCAGAUUUAUUGUCGAGUUUCUAACGAAUUUUAUUUAUGGAGUCUACCUGCUGUCGAGACACCUCAAGGCUAACUUAUGGGUGUUGUACGUUACCGGAUCGUUGUUUCUAGUUUUUAUGGUUUCCAUUGAGAUUUUUAACGCAGUUAUUUAUAAAUACCUUUUAUUCAUGAGAGAUUAUAAAGUAACAAAGUACAAUAACAUCCUUGGAAGACUAAGUAAUAUUAAAAAAAUGUUCUGUGACGACAUUGGAUUUAAUAUUAUUACUCAAACAAGGAAUGACGAACUUUCAUUGAUUUUCAUUAAAAUUGCCAUCACGUUUAUAAACAUGUGUUUGUACAGCACCUCAAUUAACGUCUCAUUUUACUUGAUUAAAUGUUAUUUUGUUAAGACAGUUAAUGAUGCGGGUGUUGUUACUGAUAUUAACACUGCAGCAUUUAUGACAACGUUUUAUAUAUACAUGAGAAUAGUCACUUCGAUGUUUAUAAUUCCUAGGGCUAUAAACGUUGUCGGAAUGGCUUAUGCUUCGUAUAAAAGAUUAAAUAAGUAUCUCUCUGGAUGUUCCCCUAAUUUCUAUGUCGCUGAUAAUAAAUUUACUGGCUCAGCCAAUGUCAGUUCAAUUAUCGCUGAUACAACUGAUCAACUGCCCAAUGACACUGUUGUGUACUUCAGAGACGCUUCAUUCACAUGGGUCCACACACGUAAUGACCUAUUAAAUAAAAAAUACGACACUUUCUUAAAAAAUUUAAACUUCGAGUUGAAACGCGGCGAAAUUGCCAUUGUCACCGGUUCCAAAGGAUCAGGUAAAUCAAAUUUUAUCAAAUCAAUGCUUGGUGAGAUGACCCUAGUGGGUGGCUCAAUGGCAGUUAUACCUGUACACACAUCAAUGCCAAUAUUUUAUGCAUCACAAGACAUAUUCCUGCAACAGGGUACUAUUAGAUCCAACAUUGUAUUUGGUCAUAAGUUUGACGAGCAUUUGUACAAGACUGUGUUGAAGGCUGUUGAACUUGAAUUUGACAUAUCAACAUGGGAGAAGGGUGACCUCAGAGUAGUGUCAGAUAAUGCCCCUUCACUCAGUGGAGGUCAACGUGUAAGAAUGGAGUUGGCUCGUGCAGUGUACGCUUAUUUGAUAUUCCAUCAAGUAAACAAGGAGUAUAAUAACAGCAAGUGUUCGUUUUUGAUGUGUCUGGAUGCAUCGUUCCAUGGCCUAGAUCCAUACGUAUCCAAAACUAUAUUCAAUAACCUGUUUAACGUUAAAUCAGGGCUAUUGGUAAAGAACGAUUUAAGUGUCGUUUUAACAUCGUCGAAACAGAUACUGGAUACGUGCACCAAGUCAUGUGAUCCAGCCCAAUUCCCGAAAGUGCCAAUUUUUAACGUCAAGAACAAGGAGCUGGCCUUCUUAUCCUAUCUAGGAAACUUCAUCAGGAACAAGAGGCACGAGGGCGACUUCAACUAUUCGACAUAUUCUAAAGCUGGCUAUUACACCCUUAAUCGCCUAAACAACGACAUGCUUGGUUUUUGUUUUUCCGACAAUUCCAGGUCGAGUCGUGCCCAGUUAAUCAAACAACUAUAUCGGGAUUCAUUCGUAAAAUACAACAAAAAUCUCUUCGGAAAAGUUUGGUUCAAGCCGUAUUUUAUGUUCAUGAAGCCCGCUGCAGUCUCAUUUGCUUUAUAUAUAAUACUAACUGUCGCUUUAAAUGCCAUGGAUUACGUUAAACUAGUAUUGUCGACGAACUUAUCAGACUACAUCACCAAAAACAUCAACGAUCACAACAAGGGGACCAUAGUGGACCUUGCUGAGAUUAAAUCCCGCAGUAAUUCGGCACUAAAAGUGACAGUAAUAUUUGUAUCAGUAAUUAUCGCAUUGUCCUUGUUGGCCACUUUAGCCAUUUCCGCGGCUUCUUUGAUUUCAUGUCGGAAACUUCACGAAUAUGCUCUCCACGCAAUUUUCAACUAUAGGUCAUCCUUAGUCAAAAUUAAGAAACAGAUCAAUCACAUGAUAACUUUUCUGUCUUGUGAUAUUAUGAUUACGGAUGAUAUUACAGGGUUAUUUAUUGCUUUAUUCUUAUUUUCAUCAAUUCAGACUGUCACCAACUUAAUUACUUUGUUCUAUGUAAUUCCCAUAUCCGUUCCUUUCAUUCUUCUCACUUUGGUUAUAAUAUAUAUUUAUAUUUUGAGGAGGUUUAUAGGUAACGCUGUAAACUUACAUAUUGGGAUAUUGGAGGCCCAAUCUCAAAUGAACUGUGUAAUAGAAAGUUCUAUUUCAGGAGGAUCUGUGUACAGAACCUUCAAUAGAAAUUCAAAUCAGUUACGAGAUUUUUUGGAACAUAGGGAUUAUCUAGCCAGAGGCAAGUUCCUUAUUGCUGCUGCCGUCUCGUGGUCAACAAUCUUGUUUACAUGGAUAUUCUCAUUAACCACAUUCAUUAUACUGGUAAUCCCAAUCAUUCUGGACAAAUACACCAAGUACAAUAUGAUGGUUGGUUAUUAUGGUUUAGCGCUAUCGCUUUGUACGAAUGUGAUCAAGUCAUUUAGCAACUUUUCGUUUAUGUAUGCUUGUAAUCAAAUGAAUAUCAGUUCAAUUGAUAGGUUCCAGUACUUCAUUCCUCCGGGUCAAAAGCUCAAGUUCGACAAGUGUCCCAACACCCAUGAAGAAUAUGUAGUUAAUCCUGCGAAUAAACAUGUUAGUGAGAUGGAUAAAAAACAAUUGUUAAGGAGAAGGGCCAUAGAAUUUAAAGUUGAAAACAAAAGGUUUUAUGCUUUGAGAAGACUAUUCUACCAUCCUAAAUUACAUAUCCUCGAUGUCAACGAUUACCUAACCCAUGAUCGCACAGGUGUCCAGCUGAAAGACGUGUGUGUGUACACAACACCCGACCUUAACCCAGAAGGCAUGAUUCUAAAACACUUCACUGUGUCAGCUGGUAAAUCUGAGAUCAUAGGUAUAGUUGGAAGAACAGGUGCUGGUAAGACAACAUUAUUAUCCGUUUUACAGAAUUUAAUAUCAAAUAGAACUGGCCAAGUACUGUUGGAUGGCAAGGACCUGAAUGAUAUCCCCAAGGUUGUUCUCAGACAAAUCAUAGGUGUUCUACCACAACUGCCAUACGUAUUCAAGGGUUGGACUAUUCGUAAGUUACUAGAUCCCAGGAAGAUGUUUACUGACGACGAAAUCAACCAGGCUUUGAGUAAAUGUGGUCUGCUUAAUUUUGUUAACGAGCUUUCUGGAGGAAGGAAAUUGAAUAGUAUUUUGGUACCCGAGGAUCCUCUUUUAUAUCAUCAGAAAUCAAAAGAAGCUCAACCCAGCUCAUUCAAAUACAAGUCAAUGAAAUUGACUAAAGAUGGAGAUCAAAGCGAUAUGUUACUGUCCAAUACCCAACUCAGAACUCUUUCAUUGGCCAGACUUGUGUUAUACAGGCACUUCUUUAGGCUUAUAGUAGUUGAUGAGCCCCCUGAGGAAGAUCCCGAAAAAGCCGACGUCAGAAAGGAUGAUCUUUCAGUUCCAAUUUAUGAUAUUCUACAGAAAAACUUUAGUCAUUGCACCACGUUCGUCACAGCACAUGAUGUCAACGUAUUAAAAUCUUGUACCUCUGUGUGGGUGAUACAUGAGGGGUGUGUAGUAAAAACGUGUAAAGCCAGUGAAGUAUCCGCAAAUGAGUCUAUCGCAUCGAUUAUUGAAGAAAAUGUUAAGCGUGAUUAA